AUGGGUUUAAUGAUAAAAAAAUGGAGAUAUAAACUGCUCAGCAUAUCAAAGCGAAUCAACCAAUUCAUAUCAUCAAAUUAUUUUAACAAAUUGUUUCAAAUUGUCACUCAACCAAGACACAUUGGAUCAUGUCAACAACCAAUAUUGUCUAAUCAAAACACAAAGGUCAUUAUAUUGGCAAAAGAUGGAUAUAUUAAAGACAAAUAUACUACUUGGCUUCAAGAAUCAAUUGUUCUUGACACUAGAUUGGCCAGCAACAUUAUCAACAGCAACAUUGUACCACCUCAACAAAUGCCUAACCUUCAAAAACUCCAUGUCAACAAUGAACAUAGAUACAACUUGGACGGUACAAAGCUUACCAAACUGGUCUACCAACACCGAUGUAAUCCAUCUAUCACCAACGUUCCACCAACCAUCACAACACUAACACUCAAACAGUCAAUCGGUAUCCUCGACAAACUCGCCAUUGUUGAUCGCACAUUUGGUGCAUAG